AUGGGGGACGCUCUUUUCUAUGGACUAACGCUUACUUACUCAAUUCUGAUUGCUAUCAAUCUUAUCGGUAACGCUAUGGUCAUUCUCGUUGUUCUCCUGAACAAGUCCAUGCAAAGGCCAAUCAACUACUUGCUUGUAAACCUGGCUGCUUCGGAUAUGACUGUGGCGAUUUUUGCCAGCAUCCAAUUUCUCAUGGAGCCAACACUUGCUGAUGCUGAGCCAUUGACAGCAAUAUUUCUUUGCAAGUUUUUAACAGGUGGAACCCUGGGUUGGGUUGGUGCAGUAUGUUCUAUCUUCAAUUUAGUUGGCCUCGCCAUUGAGCGCUACUACGCUGUCAUUGUCUCUCACCGUCAUCGAGGCAAGCUUACAAGUGGCAGGUUAAGGGUGUUCAUUUUUGUCAGUUGGACGCUAGCUCUCAUUUGGGCUGGUCCUGGUUUCUUCAUAACUACUUAUAUAAAAGAAUCCCAAAUGUGUGGACAUCAGUGGCCAAAAGAGAUUUACGCUAAGAUGUACACAGUCGGAUGGUCGUUUGUAGCCGGUAUAAUACCUAUAGGAAUAAUGGGAUCAUUAUAUUAUAAAAUAAUAUACCGUCUUUGGUUCACUAAAGAAAAGGCCACGGAAGCUACUCAGAAGGCAAUGCUGCGGUAUAGAAAACGAGUUACAAAAAUGGUUAUAGCCGUAACAAUCAUUUAUGUACUCUGCUGGGGACCUGAACUUAUCAUUUACUUUCUUGGAUUUCUUGGUGUAUUUACAUUACAGGCCAUUCAUCAUGGAGUUGCCUUCGCUCUUAUUGUGUUUAACUCUUGUGUUAACCCUAUUGUCUAUAGUUUUCAAAGCAGUCAGUUCAGAACACAUCUCUUGUCUUUGAUUCGCUGUAGAAGACGUGAUAAUCGAGUGGUACAUCCAAUCAAUAGAUCCCACGACUUUGCACUUAACUAAUCUUACCUACAUUCUUAAUUCUAAAAGUUUAUAUUUAAAACAUCGUUACUGUCGCAAUCAUUUUAAAAACCACAGGAACUUAAAGGGGCACUGCGUUUGGCACGCUACCCUUGCUGAUGGAUGCACAGAACAAGGUUCCUGAAGGGCGAGAGAUUAAAUCCCAUCGCAGUACUUGAGUAGGUGGAGCCCACGACAGGUAACUCUAACUGUUAGUUAAUUCGAACUCAAAUCUAUGUUACCACAGAAUAAUUUGCUGUCAUUUACUUGUAGCUGACUCGACAACCUCGCAGUCUUUCUCGUUUUCCACUGCAGUUCGAGUUAACGGUCCAGGGUCUCACUGCAUUAUAAACUAAGCUAAUUUACCCAACUAAUUGGUGGAACUGCGUAACGGCGAACAAAUAAUGGACAGAUAAUGACCAUGGCCAAACGAAAAAAUAAUCUUCGUUAAGCCCCUGACAUUUCAUCGUCAGAACGUUUACAAAGAAGGAUGCUGAAAGUUUCGCGUUCUUAGUGUGGUAGAGCUUUGUAGUCAAGCGAGCUUAUCUCUUCUUUUGUAAAAAUGUUAGAACGUUUGUUUAUCUUGGUUUAAAUUUCAAACGAAGAACAAGAAUCACGUGUGAUAUAUCCUCGUGCGCGAUCCAUGUCUAUAAAAGCGAAAUGCAAUAAUAAACGUUGGCAAAGUAUGUAAAUUAAAUUUACCAUCAAUAAACGAUAGAGCUAAUGAAUGGGAGAGAAAUAGGAGUAGAAGAGAUGAUCAAGCUUAAAGUGUAUAAGUGUGGAUAGUAUAAAAGUUAAGUUAACUUAAAGGCUUCGCGUAUGGCAAAGGCCAUUCCUCACUGUGGGGUGGUGGGGGAGGAAAUGGACGGAGAGAGAUAGAGCUAGGUAGUGCCUUUUAUAUAUUCGUUUUUAGACAACGGGCCAAUAUUCUCGUCAUAUUUCACCAUGACGUAUGCCCUCUAAGGGAGAAAAAGGAAACAAAAAGAGGCGAGAUAGUAAGAGAAAUAGACUCUGUUUCUGUUGGGCUCUGUUCCUGGUGACCUCUGUUCUCCCCAUAUCGGGAAUAAGCAUUUGAAUGCACAAUCUUAGGUGAAAUCAACAAGCUGUGUGUGUGACAAGGCGAAAUACAAGACUAUCCGAGAAGUGCCUUGUACAGAGUUCAGUUCCUAUCAGCCCAAUUAGCAGUUAAUUCUACCUAAUCAUGUCAACUUACACAUAAAUUUGCGCGAACUGUUCACCCAAAACUAACUAUUUGUGCUUUGUUCUUCGUGUCUCUGACAAUGCUGACAUAGUUUACGAUAUGAAAACAUUUUUGGACAUGUUAAUUCAAAGCUCAAAUUUCCUUUAGGUUCGAGUAAGAAUUCUCAGUACUUCUCUUUAAAAUAUGUGUUUAAACAAUAAGUAAUAGUAAAUUCUUUUAGUAAAAGUUUCCCCAGUCGUGACAUGUUUUGAAACGAAAGUACUGAAGACAGCUUCCUUCCUGGGUACAUCAUUGUGCUAGGCGGAUACUUCUAUUAAUUGCUGAACCCCUGCGUCAGCCAAUCACAAGAAAAAAAGAUAUUGCGACUGAGUUGUUUACCAAACAAAUCAUUGGCACACCUGAAGAAAUCACACGCCGGUUUGGUCGAUUGGAUCUUAACAAUUCAAGGAUAUAAUGACGAUAAUGUCUACUGAACAAGCUGGAUUUCGACGUUUCCGUCUUUUCUUUUCGAAGUAUAAAUAAAGCAGCAUAUACAUAGUCCACUUGAGUGUUCCAUGGAUGUUUGGCGCGACGGUACUGCGGGAACAUCUCGAGGUGUACAACGGAUGUUAAACCAAGCUUUGUGUGAGUAUCUAGAAUUUUCGUUAAAAUAGCUACUAAGUACUAAGCAACAUAAGGACAGCCCAACCUCUUUGCCGCCUUCCUCUAAGUUAAGACAACUACCAUAAACUUAAAUUACAUUUUGCUUUACCGGCAACAAAAGGAAAAUCAUAGCUGUCCCACUCCCAAUUUCAUUGCAGUCAUUUUAUCGCGGCAGUUUUUAUCCAAAUACCAAGAUACGCCUCUGAUUCGCAUUUUCAGAAUAAUGCAAAAUGAUGUGUGGAAACAAUUUGGACCUUCCCUUUCAAUUCAAGUUAUUGGCAUUACGUUCGUUGUGCUGCCUUUCUCCAUCACAAAUUAAGUCCUUACGAGUCUUAAAGGAACACUGACGCCUAAAAUUGAACCAUUUGUGAAUUGCAGCUUAUGGCUCAAAUAUCAAUGUUCGAAGAUUUUUUUUAAUCUUUGCGUCUAACCUCGCCUCGAAAAAAUAGUUUUACGUCGUAUUUUGACGCUUCCUUGACAACAUCAUAAGACCCAAAUUAAUUUUUUGUGCCGGGUUUGUGGUAGAAUAUUUAGAUAACUAUAAGUGUAAAUCCUCUUUCCUUUGUUAACUUAUUAUUUAUUUGCCCGGCAAACGUGCGCUUUCCUUUCAAAAGAAAACUUCAGCCGACAAAAUGUGCACAGUUGAUUACGAUCUGUUUUCAACUUAGCGCACUACGGAAAACGCGGCAAUUUAAAACGGUUCAGUCAAUUAUCUUGUGUAUGGACCUUUAUAUCUGUUGGUAUUGCAUUGUGAAAGCGAAGUGAAUAAUUUGAUUUAUUUAACCUGCUAAGACGAGAGAAACUUCCCUUUAGUAAAUUCAUUGCAGAACGAGAUGUCUAUUCGCAUUAAUGCCGGAAAAGCUCCUAAUUUUGUUGAUCGAUUAUUAGACUUGUGACGCACUCUAGAACUAGCCAUACAGGUUUAUCAUAAACUAUGUCAGUCUGACUGAAAACAAAAACAAAAAAAAAUUAAUUUAAAUUGGAAAAUGAAUUAAAACUUACUGACAAGUUAUCAAAAAAGCUCUGCCGGGUUAUUUAAUUGAACUACGAUAUAAUUUUUGAUUAACAAUAAUUUUACCAUUUGCAAAACAUUUCGCUUCAAUGGUGGCAAUUUGACCUAAAUCACACCUUAGAAUGGCGAAAAGGGAAACAGCUGUAAUUAUCAGAGUUAUUGUACUAGUAGCUAACCUGAAAAAACAAAUUGAAUGUUCAUGUAACUAUGGGUGUUUCGUUCGAUCGAAAGUAAUGUGGGCGAAAAUAUACUUCGACUCAACCAGCACUAUCAGUUGCAAUAAUGAUGUUUAAUUUUAAGCCGUGACAAUCAAGAGCUGUCGGUAACCCUGUUUUUUCAUCCAAUAACUCCACUAGUAAAUUUCUUUGUUUCACCGAUAUCCCUCUAAUGAAGUAAAAUAGAACCUCAACAACAGCGGCAGAUACUGAAAAGAUUAUAUUUUUCUUUCUUCUUUGUAAUAAAAAUCUAUUUAAUUGUUUCAUAGAGAACCUUAAUCUGAUUAUUACUAUAAGAAUUGUUGUUGUAUUUGUGGCAUUUUCGCAAUGUUGUACAACCAGAGCCGUAAUUGCGGCACAUUUCAUGUUUUGUUUCUUGUGGGCAAAUCUUUUGUGAAAAAAAAAUGUGAUUUUCCGUGAUGUUUAAAGUUCAUAAAAGUUGGCUGUUUUCCUCCCAGAUGUCCAUUUUUGCUUGUUGCUUCUCUGAACCCAAUUGCUCCAGGCGUGUGAUACAGAGGUGAGUAUGUCUCUUACCUUAAGGUUUCCCCACAUUGUCUCUUUAAAUUUGAUUCGCUGAAGUAAUUUAAAUUAAAGGACACUUUUCAGGUAUCUGAAAUUUUUCGCCCGAUCACUGUGCAGUAAAAGUUAUUUUGAUAUAAGGUUACCUGCAGUUCGUCAAUCGAGUUCUUGAAAUACUCAGUGUGGCAUUAUGUGGCCAUGAUAAGGGAAACUUAGUGUGAUGGAAGUUCGUCCUUUUGAUUGAUAUCUCUGCCUAUAACACCAUGUCAUAAGUCUUCUUCUUUCUUCGUCAAGUUGAAGCUCAGCUGAUGUAUAUUAAACUCCAUUACAGUAUCCUCUCUGUAAAUUGCUGUUUCCAGCUCCUUGAGUCUUUGCUUCACUAAUUGGCCAAAAAAGACCAUACCGUUUACUUUCCCUCUUGCUGAUCUGUCUAGAGAAUUGCCCAAAGCGUCAAAGAGUGAGGACUGAAUGAAAUCUGAGCGUAGUGGAGAAACAGUGCACAAAAUAUCACAAAGUAACACCUUAGGCAAAGCUAUCCUGUAAACACAGGGAUAAAAACAGAUGUAUCGAAUGACUAGUUGUAGGAUUCGUUUGACAGUCGCACUACUCAUUUUUACAAUUAUACUCUGCAGUCUCAUUGGAUUAGUUUGACGAUGCAUGUAACAACAAAGAUUCAUCCAUCCUGAUUUAUCCGCCUCUAAACCCAAAUAACCUUGUGCACAACUUGAGAGGGUUAAAUGUAUUCAGGAACAGGAUAUUGCAAUUUAUGAAAUGUCACUAAUAAGCUAUCAUAAAACAAAUGAGGAAGUACGCGCGAUCUUAUUGGUCUAAAGCUGCGAUUAAAUGAGGGUAUGAUAAAAACGAUAGAGGUGUUUUACAUUCUCACCCUGUUUUGAGAAGUAUCUUUAGAAAUCACAUUCAAUUGGGUGAAUACUGACAACAACGACCAUUAAACCGACCCGUAAAGAGACCAAGAUAGCUGACCGAUUCACUUAUUUAACCUGCUGACAUCUAUUUCUCGUAGGCAGCAAAAUCAAGAAAGUCAAGAACAUGUUGUCGUCGCUGUACAUUGGGUUUUCAGUGCUGUUUUCAGUACUGGUGAUAUUCAAUCUGGUUGGCAACACUUUAGUGAUCUUAGUAGUACUACGUAACAGGUCUAUGAAGACACCCACCAACUACCUCCUCGUAAACCUUGCAAGCGCCGACAUAGUGGUCGCCUUUUUUAUCGGUAUCCAAUUCAUAGUAACACCAACCUUCACCCACCCCCAAGGGACGUUAGGAGCAGUGCUCUGUAAGAUAGUAACAGGUGGUACACCAGGGUGGGUUGGUGCUGUCGCUUCAGUGUUUUCGCUGGUGGCCAUAUCAAUUGAACGUUACUGGGCUGUUUUGCAUCCCCACAGUCAGAAAAUUAAACUCACAAAGACAAAAAUUGUCAUACUCGCUCUUCUUUCCUGGAUAGCGUCUCUCACUUGGGCAAUCCCAGGAUUUUUGGCUACCACAUACAUCAAAGAAUUCAAAGGCUGUGCACACAGCUUUUCCAAACCAAUCUAUGCUAAGCUAUACACUGUUGGGUGGUCAGUGGUGGCAGGUGUUAUCCCUAUCAGCAUCAUGACCGCUUUAUAUUCCAAGGUGGUUUAUCGUCUUUGGUUUGUGAACAACGCUACAACUGAAAGUACCCAGCGUGCACUACUGCGAUACAGAAAACGCGUCACCAAGAUGGUCAUAUUCGUUACAGUUGUGUAUGUGCUGUGUUGGGUCCCCGAGCUGUUAAUUUACUUCUUAGGUUUCACUGGCACUAUCACUUUACAGCCAUUUCACCAUGCUAUUGCGUCUGCUUUGAUUGUUUUCAACUCCAGCAUUAACCCAACCGUUUACAGUCUACAGAGUAGUAAGUUUAGAAAGCAUCUUGGGGAAUUAAUUUGU